CCUUUUUGAUUGUCCAUUCCUAGUAGGCGCGGAAGUUGUUUCGCGGUGUAAAGAGGCGAUGUCAAUUUAUGUGAAAUAGUAAAAGACACGCCGACUGUUACUGUCCGGGUCUGGACGUUUUCGUGUUUGGCUGCAGAAUCAGAAAAACGGUAAGAUGUUGGAGUGCGGGAUGCUGGAGCGGGACCGUCAGACUCUGAAGAGAAGAUCGGCCUCUCUGCUCAAACACCUGAUGGUGGACGAGAUGCUGCUCAUGCUGCUGCAGGCUGAGGACAUUCUCACCGGGAACAUGGCAGAGAGCAUCAUGGCUGAACCAACGUCACAGAAGAGGAGCUGGCAUUUGCUCCAGAUCUUACCGAAGCGGGGGCCCGGAGCCUUCAGCUGCUUCUGUGCAGCUCUGCGAGAAACGAAUCAGCAGUUUCUGAGUGACAUGCUCACACAGUGUCCAGAAAGAGAUGGUGUGGAGAGACACAUGAAGAGGCUGUCGGACUCUUCUCUGCCGCUCUCCACCCCGGAGGAAGCCGCAGCCAAACGAGCAAGAACGCAAGAGUCCAUGGAGUUCAGUCUGGACGCCGACAGUCCCAUCAAAUCGCCCGUGCUCCCGUGCUCUGCAGACUUUUACCAUUCUCACUGCCAGAAGGCUUACAGCAUGACCUCAUCACCCCGGGGCCUCGCCUUAGUGAUCAGUAACGUGACCUUUGACCCCUCUGUUACUACCGAACUUGAUACCAGGAAGGGAGGAGAGGUGGACAACGAGGUCCUCAGGAAGGUCUUCACAGAACUGGACUACCUGGUGUCUCUUCACGUCGACCUCACCGCUGAGGCCAUGAAGUCGUGCAUUGAGAGUUUCAGCCGACGGCCGGACCACCGGGCGGUGGACAGCUGCGUGGUGUGUCUGCUUUCCCAUGGAGUGGAGGGCGCCGUGUACGGCACCGAUGGACAACUGCUGCAGCUGGACUGGGUGUUUAAGGCUUUUGACAACGCACACUGUCCACUGCUACAGAACAAACCAAAGAUGUUCUUCAUUCAGGCCUGCAGGGGAGACGAGAUGGACGUUGGCGUGGAGCAGAUAGAUGGACCAAUCAGGACCGGUUCCCCCAGCUGUGAGCAGCGUGACGCAGGAAGGGAGAGACAGAAUGAGUCACACCCCGGACAGGGAGGACACGACGGGAGACGAAUCAAACUGCCACAGAGGUCCGACAUGAUCUGCGGCUUCGCCUCGCUCAAAGGUCAGAGAAUUAGCACGGCUGCGAUGCGUAACACCAAGAAAGGAUCCUGGUUCAUCCAGGACCUGGACAUGGCGCUGCGUCUCCACGCCAGAGACACUCACCUGGCAGACAUCCUGAUGCAGGUCAAUGCCCGCAUCAAGGAGCGGGAGGGCUACGCCCCCGGCACGCCCCACCACCGCUGCAAAGAGAUGUCGGAGUUCACCAGCUCGCUGUGCAAAGACCUCUAUCUUUUCCCCAAGUACCGGCUACCGUCUAUGCAGAUAUGAUCACGCAGUGGUCGGUGUAUGCGCACACACACACACACACACACACAGGCCAAAAAAACCCAGCAGUGAGGCGUCGCACCAGUUCGUUCUCUGCUGUUCAGGCUCACAUUCCCUGUUUGGUUUCAUUUGUUCGUAAAGACUUUUUUAUCGACGGGACGGG